AUGGUGCUGAUAGCGGCGACAGUAUGUACAAAGUCAGGGAAAGCUUUAGUAUCCCGUCAAUUUGUGGAGAUGACGAAGGCACGUAUAGAGGGCCUUCUUGCUGCAUUCCCCAAGCUUAUGACCGGUGGACGUCAGCAUACUUUUGUGGAAACAGAAUCUGUCAGAUAUGUGUACCAGCCUCUGGACAAGUUGUACAUGCUCCUCAUCACCACAAAGGCUAGCAACAUCCUUGAAGAUCUUGAGACUCUGCGCCUCUUCAGUAGAGUUGUGCCAGAAUACUGUGCCCCCCUAACUGAGGCUGAGGUUUUGAACCAGGCCUUUAACCUUCUAUUCGCUUUUGAUGAGAUAGUGGCUCUGGGAUAUAGGGAAAGCGUGAAUUUAGCGCAGGUACGCUCAUUUGUUGAGAUGGAUUCCCACGAAGAGAAGAUCUACCAAGCUGUGAGACAGACCCAGGAGCGCGAGGCGGCGAACCGCAUGCGCGAGCGCGCCAAGGAGCUGCAGCGCGAGAGGCUGGAGGCCGCCAAGCGGGGCCUGCCGCCGCGCGGACAGCCCACCUACGGAAGUGGCUUCGGAAGUUCGUCAAUGUCCUCGUCCGCAGCGUCAGAACCUAUUGCUGAGAAGAUACCUACUACACCGGCUCGCGACGUCGGUCGUCCGUCGGGCCGUUCGACGAUGAAGCUGGGGUCUCUCGGCACGGACACGGAGUCGUUCGUGUCGCGCCUGCGCAGCGAGGGCGACGCCGCCGCCGCGCAGCCCGCCGCGCGCGCCCCCGCCGACCUCGCCAAGGCGCCGCCCCCCGACCACAAGGACGUACACCUACGGUUUGAGGAACGCCUCACACUGGUGGCGGGCAGAGACGGAGAUGUACAAAACUUUGAACUUAGCGGUUUGUUGACCCUCCGCAUCAGCAAUGAGCAGUACGGACGCAUACAUGUGCAUGUCGACAAUAAAGACUCCAGGCCACUGCAGCUACAGACUCAUCCCAACGUAGACAAGGAAGCAUUCAGAUGCAACGGCGUGAUCGGUCUGAAGCAAAGUCAGCGAGCCUUCCCGCUAAACAGUGACGUGGGUGUGCUGAAGUGGAGACUCAACGCCAACGACGACAAGGUUGCACCACUCUCAGUGAACUGCUGGCCGUCAGAGGGCGCGGGCGGCUCGUGCGACGUCAACAUCGAGUACGAGCUCGAGCGGGACCACCUCGUGCUCAAUGACGUCAACAUACACAUACCUCUACCUUCAGGCAAUAGUUCCGUGGUGGUCCAUCAGUGGGAAGGGAGCUAUACACAGAAGGGCCGCAUGCUCAUCUGGAGUGUGCCCAUCAUUAACAAAAUGAACAAGUCGGGCAGCCUCGAAUUCACGGUUACUCCAGCGAUACCAAACGACUUCUUCCCUCUAACGGUGAUGUGGACGUCGGAAACGUCCCUAGCGCUAUUGACUGCCACCAAGGUCACGCUAGCCGAGGAGCCCACACCAGUGGACUACUCGCUGGAGAUCAGCUUCCAUCCUGAUAAAUAUGAAAUUGUUUAG